AGGGAGGGAGGGUUUUUUCAGGGGUUAUUGAAGUUAGGACAAACGUUGACCUAUUAUUAGGGAACUCACGGAAGCACAGAGGAUAACUGAUUUGGUGCACGUCAAGAUGAGGUCACUCGUCGUCCUCUUGGUCCUGCUGCAGACUCUAGGAGCCUCAGGCGGGCGGCGGUACGACUCCGAGCGGUCCAACAGAGGCCUCGCAGCUGCUGUGGCAGGGCUCAACUCAGUGUAUGACGCCAGCCAUCUUUACCGGGCGACCCGCAGCUCUGUAAAAAAGGUUGUUCCCGCGGGCCUGAACACCGAUGACCUGCUGAUGGUGUUCACCGUUAAAGAGACUCAGUGUGUGAAGGCGUCCGGGAGUGACCCGCAGACGUGUGCCUUCCAACGGGGAUUCCGUGUGCCCUCAUUCACCUGCUCCAGUCGGGUGAGGGUGUUCCCCACCUCGUCCCGGGUGGAGUCUCUGAGAUGUCGAAAGGAGAGCAGCUCCAGCUCCGAGUCCAGCUCCAGCUCAGAGUCCAGUGAGGAGAUGUCCUCAAGAGGGAGAAACCAGUUCAACGCCCCAUUUGAAAACAGAGUCCCAGCUCCUUCUGCACCUCCUUCUGCACCUCCUUCUGCACCUCCUCCUGACGAGACGGUGUAUGAUCAUCCCGGACGAGGAGACACUUUCAGCAACUUCCUGGUGUGAAGGAGCAGCUCUACUCAGGGAAACAUUUCGGUGCUGAUCAGAAAGCAAACCUGAAUUAAAGACAGAUUUCGCCCACAA